UAAGUUAAUCACGUCCUGUGUUGGUAUAACCUGUGAUUACGUCUCUGCAAUAUGCUCCAGCGAUUGUAUUUAAACUCAGUAAGCUUUUAGCGUUAUUCAGAUGUCGUAAGGAGAAAGGGCGUUCAGAACUAGUAAAAGUGGUAAUGGGUGAAAGUGUGAAUAAAAUACAGUGUGUUUCUCUGGUGGCAUAUCUUUUUGCCAUCUGGGUUUCUUAUGCAAAAGAAGACAGUGAAUCGUGGCUACCUAUAACUUUUCCUUCUGAAGUUGGAAAGCCAUCAUUUACACACACGUCAGUGGCAAGACUUGCUCCGAGAAACGACGACUCUAUUGUUUUUGCACAUGAUCAUGAUAUUCCUGAUGAGGAGGACCGCCACGUAACAGAGAACCCAAAAAAGAAUUCAUUGCAGAUUCCUCUUGAUCUCAUCCAGUGCCUAAACAGUGUUGAAAAUGUCACAGAUCUUGAUAAGUGUAUAAGUAAAGACACAGUGCCUGAUGACGAUAAUCCAGAAUCUGGAGUAGGAAAUCGAUUUGGGGAUGAUGAAGGAGUUGACAGAAAAGCUGCUAUUAUCCCGAAGUCAGCCACUUGUGCACCGGAACUUGUGACAGUUACGUUACAAAACCUAGAUGACAAGUCUGUGGUUUAUUACCCAUCAUGCACCCGUGUGGAGCGUUGUGGUGGAUGUUGUUCACAUGACUUGCUAAGCUGUCAACCAACAGCCACCGAACUUCUCACAUUCCAGGUUAUAGAGACAAGGUAUGAAGGUGGAACCAAACUCAGAUACAAAGGAAAAAAAUAUGUUACUGUGGAACAACACACAAAAUGUAAAUGUGACUGCAAAGUCAAAGAAGAGCAUUGCAAUAAGUUACAACAGUACGAAAAAAGCGAAUGUAGCUGCACCUGUGUUAAUGUGGAUGAGGAACAGAAAUGUAUAGCAGAAAAUGACACCAAACUGUGGAAUCCACAGGAAUGCUUAUGUGGCUGUAGGUACACCAAAGAAUGCAGUACUGGAUUUUAUUUUGACCAGAAAACUUGCAACUGCUCGCCAGUUCCUAUAGUGAGGCGCCGAAUCAGUAAUAGCGAGUCUGCAGCACAUAACAGAUGGGAAGAAAAUUCACAUCUCAGCUAUGAAGUGAUACCACGAUCAGUAGUACCAAUGAAUAAAGUUGCAGAAAAGGAUGACGGAAAGUAAUAACUACUGAACUAUUAAUAUAUUAAUUCAAAAGAGAAACCAGUAAAACAUGAAGAACACGGAUACCUUUACCUUCAAAGUAUGGCAUUUAUGUCUGAUUUAUUCUCAACAUAAAUUUCUAAUUGUAUAAAUAGGAGUGCAUUUUGGACAAAAAGCCUGUCCAAUGCUCCACACUCGGAUUUCAUAUAUUUUAUAGAUACUUUUGAACUUCAUAAUCUGGUUGUAUAUUAUACUAGCAGCCUUCAUUAUAUUUUAAUUAUGGCAAUUUGUCAUGUAAAUUAAACAUAUCUAAUAACAGACGCUUAUCCAGUUGUUAAUGUAAUUUUUAAAUUUCCAAAAAUCUAUCUUUAUGCUAGUUUGAAAAGCCAACUACUAACUAACACUAUUCUCAGCUAGUCAAGAAAUUCCCCACCUUUCAUGGGACCCGAAGAUCCAUCAAUGAGCAUAAUCGUGAGCCAUUUAAAUUCAGUUCACAUUUUCACAACCUAUUUCCCCAAGACCCAAUUUAAUAUCAUCCUCUCAUCUCCAUAAUCUUCCAAGUGGCUGCUUUUCAAGUUUCCCUAUUAACCUUUAUCAUCCAUGUGUCACUGCUUACACAUGAUCCAGCUGGGGUUAAAGUCUAAUAGGCAGCCCUGUAGUAUGGAGGUUCAAAUCCUCAUUACCAGACAAUAAUAUAACAUAUAUACAUUUUGUCUUCUUCACCUUCAUCCGAGCUAAAACUAACAAGCUUGGAAAGCAUAUUCCAUAUCGAAAUACAUAUCUCUCCUCGUGCAUUCUUUGCAAUGUGCAUUUAGAGGUAUUAAAUUUGCCUUGUUUGAUGGCUCCCACUCUGGCCACCGGAUUGCAUCACCUCAAUGUCUACCUUACAACUUUCACCUGUCAUUACCACCACUUGUAGGAUAUUCAAAAUAUAUUUUUAAGGUUGUGCAGAAUAGCAUAACCUCCAUAUCAAAUUUCAUCCAAAUCCAUCCAGUGGUUCUCAAGCCAAAUCAAAAGUAUAGAUGGACAGACACAACCAGACCACAAUGCAUUCUCUCUUUACACUUCAUGCGAAGAACACACAAUAAAUGGGAACAGUUACAGUGAUUAAACUGGACGAUUUAUUGCUUUUGAAGUAAAAAUAUUAGGGCAACCAUCCCUGGACAAGGGAGCAAUAUAUAUGGAUUUAUCAAUGUUGAUUUUCUGGGUAGUAACGCUGUAUGGAAUUACAGCUAGUUAAUGUUUAAGGAGAAUGUUGACAUCUUCACUGUAGUGAGAACUUUAAAUCUCGUAACGUACAGAUUCAAAAAUCCCAACAUAUCCAUAAGUUCCAAGUUUAUAAAAUACACACCUGUAACUCACUGUUUGCUGCUGCUCACACACUCACUUUUCUCGUCUGCAAGGUGACUCCGAAGCUGUUUAAUAUAAUUCACAACAUUUAUAUUAUUUAAAAGUAGACUUCCAUGAAGUUCAGACAACUUUGAUAAGUUUGAAUUUAGUUUUUCUGAAAUAAUAAAAGUAAUAAGAUAUAAUUAAUUUAAGAUAUGAAACAGUACCUGAAUGUGUGUGUAAAAGUAGGCAUAAGUCAUAUUACACAAAUUUCUUUAAACAUGUUUAUUUUAUGAUCCCCAUUACUGUACUACCAAGAAAGAACCAUGGGUUCCGCAAUACACACUUUCUAAACUAAAACAUCCACAUGAAAAUGAGAUUUAAAUAUUAAAUUCUGUUGCAUAAAUAGGCAAUCUCUAUGCUAAAAUGCAGUGCUUAUAAAAUUUCUCAUGUAAGCAAAAACAGCAUUAAAUAACUCACUAAUGGCUGAUUUCAUUUAAGGAAACUAUUGAAUGAAAAAUGGACUUGUUUAUAAUAGCACAAUAGUAAAAUUUGUAAUAUGUUGGCAUGAAGUUUCAGUAUGAUGUCCACCUUCAUAAUCUCGUGGCCCGCAAGCCAAUAAGCAAAUGUAAAAAUUGCCCUUGGUCUGCAAAAGGUUGAGAAUCCCUGGUUUAAAUGUAAUAAAAAUAUAGAAAAUCUAGUUUGUCAAUAAAUUACAUGUCCUUACUGCCCAAAUGUAUAUUUUGUUAGUAUAUUCUUUCAGUCUAUCUUCAUACACUACUUGUAAGGUGUCCAUUUUGUACACUCAUAUCUAAAUUUUCCAAAACACAGUAAAUAAGUGUGGCAGGAGAGGCAAUCUGAGCCAGUAGAACUUUGAUUAUUUGGACUUUGAUGACGUCUCUGUUAACUGAGCAGGGUGGCUGGCAAAAUGGUGCUUUUGUUAAGAUGUAAGAAAAAGCAAAAUCAUGCAUGUAUAUAAUGUAUUUUGAACAUACUCUGUACAUAUACAUACUAAUGUACUGUAUUUUUAAUAAAAAUAUAUUUUAAAAUUA